UUUUCUUUUGAUGGGAUCCCGUUCAAGAUCGGGCAGCCCAAGAAACAGAUUGUACCCAAGACAGUGGAGAGAGACUUUGAGAGGGAAUAUGGGAAGCUGCAGCAAUUGGAAGAUCAGACCAAAAAACUUCAGAAGGAUAUGAAGAAAAGCACAGAUGCAGAUUUGGCCAUGUCCAAGUCUGCAGUGAAGAUCUCCUCAGACCUGCUGUCCAACCCCCUGUGUGAGCAGGAGCCCUCCUUCCUGGAGAUGGUCACGGCCUUCGACACGGCCAUGAGGAGGAUGGACUCCUUCAACCAGGAGAAGGUGAAUCAGAUCCAAAAGACAGUGAUAGAGCCUUUGAAAAACUUAAAGAACUCCUGAGGUAUAAAAUCAUGG